AUGAAGACUGCCAGGCUCGAGCUGGUCCGGAUCACCAGCGAGCACCUCGAGGGCUUCCAUGCGAUCUGGUCGAACGCUUAUACCACCCGCUGGAGCAGCCGGGGACAGUGCAAGACGCUCGAGGACAGCCGUGAGUGGAUGUCCGGCCUGCUGCUGGAGAACAACCCGCUGGGCGAGAAUUACGCCGUCCUCAUCCGCUCCGAUUUGCCUGCCUCCGAGCUCGAGGAGAUCCAACGAGAUGCGCCGGCCGAUUCUCCCCUGCGGCCCGGCGGCAUGAUCGGAUCCAUGGGCACCUUUCAAUCAGACCCUGUGCCUGAGGUCGGGUACACCUUUCACCAGUCCGCCUGGGGGCGCGGCUUUGCGACCGAAGCCGUCAUCGCAUUUAUGCAGCUCUUCUGGGCCAACAAGCCGCAGUUCGACACGUUAGAAGCCUACUGCGAUCCGGAGAAUAUGGGUUCGGUCAAAGUGUUGCUCAAGUCGGGCUUCACGGAGGUCGAGAGACAGCUGGGCGUGUACGAGAUACCGUCGAUGACGCCGUCAAAGCGCGACCUAAUACGAUUCCGAGCGACGAGAGCGAAGCUGAACUGA